UAAUAAAUUCAGAGCAAUGUGUCUGUGGUGUGUUCACUGUUCAAACAAAACUGCGCGCGCAGAAAAACGAACCUACUGCAAAGGGAGCCAGCAAGUAUACCUUUUGGAAAAAUAUCAAUACUUAGCGAUGAAGUAUACAAAGCUCAUCGACAUCGCUAUUUCACAACGCGCAUGCGUCUUACUCUGCUGGAAAUUAGAGUGGAAAAAUCGUUACAUUAUACUUUAAAGAGUGUAGCAGUGGGUUGAACUAUGCCAUAAUAAAUUUAGUCAUGGAUCCAUCACUGCAGGAAAGUUUCGAGAGGUCCUGCCGCCUAUGUGCCGAGGAGCAGGAGACAACAAUCAUGAUAUUUAGUGAGGAAGCUGAGGCUAUGCUUCUUAGAAACAAGCUCAACCAAUAUCUUUUGAUUGAGGUUGAUGAGGAUGAUAAACUACCAAAAAAUAUUUGCAUUAAGUGUUGCACGAAGCUACAAACUGUGUGUGAAUUUAUUGAUACUGCCAGAAAUUCCCAAGUGCUAUUGCUUAAAAAGAGCAUAAUGAUAGAACAGUAUGUGAGUAGUCUCCAAAAUGAUGAAAAAAGUUUUAGGAUCGUCAAUAACGGAAUUAAAUUGGAAUAUGAUGGCUCUGAUGAUGAAAGCAAGUUCACUGAAAUGGAGAUAAGUGUCGAUCCAAACAUGGUACUUCAAAAUUCUGAAGAGCCAUUGUCACCUUGCCCGAGUGCUGAUGAGAGCAGCACCACAUUUGAAGAUGUUACGCAUCUGCACGACGUAGACAGUGAAAAUGUGACAAUCAAACUAAUAAAAAAAGGUGACAAAAACCUACCGCAAAUUUAUGAUGAUGAUAAUGGCUAUUGUCCGCCAAAAAAGGAACCUAAGCCAAAACCAUUCCCAUGUGUUACUUGUAAGCGUAGUUUUCACUCUGAAUUUGCACUGAAAAAUCAUUCCUGGAUUCACAUAAAUGAAGAAAAGUGCCACACUCAGUUCAGGUGUAGUACGUGUGAUGAAGGCUUUGAUUACAAGAGUGAUUUGAUAACACAUUUGAAGAUUCAUAGAGUUAAUGGAAUUUGUCAAUUUUGUGGAAGAAGCUUUAGAACAGAAAGAAAUUUGGCCGCACACAUAGCUGUUCACCUGUCGGCGACUAAAUCCCAUACUUGUAAGGUGUGUGGCCGGUCGUACAACACACUGAGUAACUUGAAGACUCACAGCAUCACCCAUAGUAAUGAGAGACCGUACCACUGCCAUCUUUGUAAGAAGAGCUUCAAAAGGAAUCAAGAUUUAAAGUUCCACAUAAACCAGCACACUGGAGCGAAACCAUACAAGUGUCCGUUCUGCGACAAGAGUUUCGCGAGUUCCGGCAACUGCUACUCCCACCGGAGUCGGAUGCACCCCGGGCGUCGGGUUGACGGCAAGAUACGCCGCAUAAUGGCAAGGACCACUCAACAAUUCGCACCUAAGACGCCGCUGCAGCCUCAAAUAGUAGCCGUGAAGGGCGUCAUCAAGUACAAGUGCACGAUAUGCGAACACAGCUUCGUGAAGCGAGACAAUUUUACAACGCCGCUGCAGCCUCAAAUAGUAGCCGUGAAGGGCGUCAUCAAGUACAAGUGCACGAUAUGCGAACACAGCUUCGUGAAGCGAGACAAUUUUACAGUAAGUAGAUAA